UAUGUAAACAGAGAAACCUACACCAAAAACAGAAGCAGAUUAUAAAGCAUAAGCAACUGCAUUGUCAGAUUAAUAAUUAUAGGAGGAGAUCAUUAAAUUGAAUAAGAGACUUCUUGAACUGAAAACUAUGCAAUCAAGAGAGAUUAAUUCAAAGAAGCAAUAUGAAGAUUAAUUGGAUAGUACAAAGAAGAGAGUGUAUAAAAUCAUUUAUAUAUUAAGGGGCAAUAUGACAACACUUCCUUAUUUAGUAGCAAAUGUAGUGGAAAUAUUAGAUAUUGAAGCAAUUGAUAAAGAUUAAUAAGAUUAAUCUGUGACAGAUGAUUAUGCUACAAUUUCUGGAAAAGGUGUUGUAAUUAAGACUACAACUAGAUAGACCAUCUUUUUACCAGUCACAGGUUUAUUAAAUGCAUCUUAAUUGAAACCUGCUGAAUUGAUUGGAGUUAAUAAAGAUGGAUAUAUGUUAUAUGAGAAAUUACCAACUGAAUAUGAUGCAAGAGGUAUUUUAAAAAAUCAUAAUAUUAGUUAAAACAAUGGAAGUAGAUGAAAAACCAUAAGAAGAUUAUACAGAUAUUGGUGGAUUAGAUAAAUAAAUUGAAGAAUUAAGAGAAGCUAUUGUUUUACCUAUUGUACAUAAAGAAAAAUUUGAAAAUAUUGGUAUUAGGUAAUAAAUAAUAUUAUAAUUAUUUAGACCACCAAAAGGUGUCUUAAUGUAUGGACCACCUGGAACUGGUAAAACUAUGAUGGCUAGAGCAUGUGCUGCUCAAACAAAAGCUUCAUUCUUAAAAUUAGCUGGUCCUUAAUUAGUUUAAAUGUUUAUUGGUGAUGGAGCUAAGAUGGUUAGAGAUGCAUUUCAAUUAGCUUAAGAAAAAGCACCUGCGAUUAUAUUUAUUGAUGAAUUAGAUGCUAUAGGAACUAAAAGAUAUGAUAGUGAUAAGAAUGGUGAUAGAGAAGUAUAAAGAACUAUGCUUGAAUUAUUGAAUUAAUUAGAUGGAUUUAGUCCUGAUGAUAGAAUUAAAGUAUUAUUUAAUACUUAAUUUUAAUAGGUUAUUGCAGCCACUAAUAGACCUGAUAUAUUAGAUCCAGCAUUAUUAAGAUCUGGUAGAUUGGAUAGAAAAAUUGAAUUCCCAUUACCUAAUGAAGAAGCUAGAGCAUAAAUCUUGAAAAUUCAUUCUAGAAAAAUGUCUGUGGCUAAAGAAACUGUUAAUUAUGUAGAAAUUGCUAGAAGUACUGAUGAAUUUAAUGGUGCUUAGUUGAAGGCUGUAUGGUAUUUAUUAUUAAUUAAUAUAAUUUAAGUGUAGAAGCAGGUAUGAUUGCUUUGAAUAGAGGUGGAACAUUCUUGAUUCAUGAAGAUUUUGUGGAAGGAAUAGCUGUUGUACAAGCUAAAAAGAAAAGUAGCUUAAAUUAUUAUGCUUGAAU